GCUUCAUAGAAGUGUAGAUCUGUCGCCCCCCUUGUUUGAUUCUUCGCUCCCACGCCAUGGGCAAACAACAGAAAGGAAAGGGAGCGAAGAGGCGCGCUGCCAGCCCACCUGCCAAUGAUGACGAGGAGAAGGAGGAGAAGAAGCACAAGAUGGCAUCGCAGAAGGAUGAGGAUGUGCCGAUGACGGCACGCGAGGAACAUCAAAAACUCAAGAAGUGGACGUGGAGUCCAGAGAUCUACGACUACGAACGGCGGAGGAUGACCCCCGCGUUUGCGCAGAGGCAGGGGCCAUUCACGUGGAGGGGGGGGGGGAGUGGAUUGACUGCGCCUGCGGCCAGCCACUGUUGCAAGACGGGUCUGAAAGGCGGCAUCGGGCAGCUCAACGAUAGGCGUUCGGCCCACCAGAGGUCCGCGAGUUGAAUGCCCACAAGACAUGGCGGCUGAAGCAGAGAAGGUAUGCGGCCACUGAGCAGCACGUGGGUUGGGUGUCUGCACGUUCUUUCUCUCUGUGUAUUACCCUUCUCAGGCUCGACAGGAGCGUCAGCAGAGGCGGGCCGGGGGCGAGGACGUGCCAUCCCCCAGCCGCGCGGACGAGAGGGCGAGGAUCGAAGAGGAGAUCCGCUCCGAGCGUCCCCCACCCAAGCCCGCACCAGCUGCCUGUCAGCUCAUCUCUGGUUUCUUCAGCAAAGGCAAUAGCGGUACGCACGGACAAACCAACAUGGCACAGACACCAACAGUGACUAAUGUGUUUGGUUCUGCUGGUGUAUCUGUUGGUAUGCAGUUAAGUCAAAGGGUAGACGUCACAGCCACCGUCCUCUUCUUCACGGGUCUGCGGUGCAUGUCGUACAUGACGCGAAAGGUGCGUGCAUGUGUGCAUUGCUGUGUUGCUGAUUUGUGUGCGAAGGGAUGUGUGCGUGUGUGUGUGUUUGUGUGUGUGUCUGUGUGUGAUGCAGGACUUCAGCCCAGGCCUGUGCGUGGUGCUGUGUGGCGUGGCGUUCAGCAUCCUGACGCGUGUGCAGGGCCUGCACGAGAUCACCCUCGUCAACACCGUCAUGUGUCUGGUGUCCAACAUGUUCAUCAUCGUCCGCGAUGACAUCACCAACCCUGACCACGCCACCACGAUGGGCCUGGAGUUGCAGUUCGGAUACCUGCGGCCGAUCAUGAACAGCAAGGGUUUAGGGUUAAGGGUUCAUGUCCAUCUACUUCCCCUGUUCAUUCGCGACGACUUGCUUACAGGUGAGAAUACGACGCACAUCCACAGAGACAGAUAGACAGACAGACAGACAGACAGGCUGAUACCCCCACACGCAUGUGCAUCCAUCCAUCCAUCCAUCCAUCCAUUUGUCGUGUCUGUGGCUAUGUGUGUGCACAGGGAAGACGAAGUCGUAUUUCGGUAACGAGAAGCUCUGUAGUUCAGAAAAUGGUCAGCUGCAACACAGGGCACAUGUGCAACACAGACACAUGCAUUGUGCACAGAGUCGCCUCCACUCAUGUGUGUGUGUGGUUCUUUUGUUAGUUGCGUGAGGUUGGUGAGGAGCGGGCGACGCCCCUUGUGCUGGCCACCUUCUCCAGGAAGUGGAAGAAGAACAGGGGAGGCGGGUGUGCCGGAAAAUGGGAGCAGCUGCAUCCGAUGAAGGUGCCAUCCGAGAACGAGAUUCUGGCUCAGGUCAAGGCCAACGACAACACACCCGUCGGCAGCCAGGUCACCGAGUAUCGUGCCCUUGUCACACUGCCACCCACCAUCCAUCACAACACGACACCACACGCGACACCCACACAUUCUUGCAUUCAUCCAUCGUCGAUGUUUGCCUUGUCUGUUUCGUUGACGUGCAGGGUGGAGCUGACUCGGCUGCAGCACCGGUCCGUCUACGAGCCAGUGACGACAGGCGAGUCCAGCAGCUGGUGUUGUAUGUGCCGUGCGCCGACUUUGCGAUUGUCGACUCAGUCGGCUGGGAGGGCUUUGACUCGGACGCGGCCACAUUGGUAGGGCAUGAACACGGACCAGACACGUCAAGCGUUAAUGUCUGCUUCCUUGCCGUUCUGGAUGUGUCUACGGCCUCAGGAUGAUUGACUAGCUCCGUCCUUCCACUUUGCAGGACUAGAUGGGAGACUGGAUGGGGUCCGUAUGAGUGGCUGUGUGGCUGACUGUGUGGUGGGCCGUCUGUCUGUCUGUCUGUCUCUGGAUGGAUGGAUGGAUGCAUAGCCGCAGACACGACAUAUGAAUGGAUGGAUGGAUGGACGUGUGUGUGGGGGUAUCUGUCUGUCUGUCUGUGUGUCUGUGUGUCUGUGACUUGUUGAUAGUCAUAGUUGAUAGCAGCUGGGAGGGAAGACUCACAAUCGCAUAUGAUUCACCGCA